AUGAACGCCCCUGUUCUCGUUCUCAGUGAGUUUCUUCUUCUUCUUCUACGGUUCUUCUGCGUGUCUAAGGAUUCGUUGAAGCGUGAAUCUGGAAAAAAGGUUCACCAUGGUAUUAUUCAGGCUUCCAAGGCUGUGGCUGAUAUCAUCCACACCACAUUGGGUCCUCGCUCUAUGUCAAAGAUGAUUCUUGAUGCGUGUGGAGGAAUUGUUGUUACCAAUGAUGGAAAUAUUAUUUUGCGUGAACUAGAUGUUGCUCACCCUGCAGCUAAGACGAUGAUUGAGUUGAGCCGCACACUAGACGAAGAAGUCGGUGAUGGGACCACUUCUGUUGUUGUUCUAGCUGCUGAAAUGUUACAUGUUGCCAAAGAAUUCAUUGAAAAGGGUUACCAUCCCACAGUCAUAUGCCGAGCUUAUAAUAAGACUCUCGAGGAUGCUAUCUCCGUUCUUGACAAGAUUGCCAUGUCAAUCGAUGUCAAUGACCGCGCAACAGUAGUAUUGGGAUUAGUCAAGAGCUGCAUUGGAACUAAAUUCACCAGCCAGUUUGGGGACCUGAUUGCUGAUCUGGCUAUUGACGCCACCACCACUGUUAGUGUUGAUCUAGGACAAGGAUUGAGAGAGGUGGAGAUUAAAAAAUACAUUAAGAUUGAGAAGGUUCCUGGUGGGCAUUUGGAGGACUCCAAAGUUCUCAAAGGAGUAAUGUUUAACAAAGACGUAACUGCUCCGGGUGCAAUGAAGAGAAAGAUUGUCAACCCACGGAUUAUUCUACUUGACUGCCCCCUUGAGUACAAGAAAGGUGAAAACCAAACAAAUGUGGAGUUACGUAGUGAAGAUGACUUUAAAGUUCUGUUGAAUCUUGAAGAGGAGUACAUCACGAACAUGUGCAUGCAAAUAAUGAAGUUCAAACCCGAUUUGGUAAUCACGGAGAAGGGACUCAGUGACUUUGCCUGCCAGUUUUUCAUUAAAAAUAAAGUUAGUGCAAUCCGAAGGUUGAGAAAGACGGACAACAACAGAAUUGCCAAGGCAUGUGGAGCUGUGAUUGUGAACAGACCUGAUGAACUUCAAGAGUCUGAUGUUGGUACAGGUGCUGGCUUGUUUGAGGUCAAAAAGAUAGGAGACGAUUUCUUUGCCUUCAUUGUUGAUUGCAAAGAGCCCAAAGCAUGUACUGUACUCUUAAGAGGACCAAGUAAAGAUUUUCUUAACGAAGUUGAAAGAAAUCUUCAGGAUGCCAUGUCUGUUUCAAGAAACAUCAUCAAGAACCCAAAGCUACUUCCUGGCGGUGGUGCCACAGAAUUAACCGUUUCUGCUACUUUAAAACAGAAGAGUGCAACAAUUGAAGGAAUAGAAAAGUGGCCUUAUGAAGCAGCUGCUUUAGCUUUUGAGGUUAUUCCGCGUACUCUAGCUCAGAACUGUGGAGUUAACGUGAUCAGAACCAUGACAGCAUUGCAAGGAAAUCACGCAAAUGGUGAAAAUGCUUGGACUGGAAUCGAUGGAAACACUGGUGCAAUAGCUGACAUGAAAGAGAGAAAGAUAUGGGAUGCUUACAAUGUGAAGGCGCAGACGUUUAAGACAGCGAUUGAAGCGGCCUGUAUGCUUCUGAGGAUUGAUGAUAUUGUGAGUGGUAUCAAGAAAAAGCAAGCUCCUGGACCUUCAAAGCCUCCUACUAUUGAGACAGAAGGAGAUGCAGACAAUGAGCAAAUACUUCUCGACUAG